AUGCAUCCGCAAUACGAACUUGGAGAUGUUAGGGAAGGCUAUGACUUUGCUUUACUGAAGCUGAACCAUGAGGUCAAACGAUGUAUGUCCGGCCAUAAAGUUUGAGUUUUGUUGCAGCAGCUCCAGUUUUAUGUCGUGCAGACUAACUUUAUUUAAACAAAGUGUGUGCUCUCUCUCAGCAGGGCUACUUUUUGACACUAACAGCUACGAAUUAAGGGUAUCUCCAGAACGAAUGGCUUAAUCUGCCAUAUACAAUUGAUUUCGGAAACUUUAAAAAGAACUGUGUUAGUUUUGGCGGCUGCAUUUAUAUUAAAUUGCACUUUACCCUAAUCGUCAUUACUGUAAGCAUGUAAAUCAACAUAACUUGGAGACAUGAUUGUACAGCCAUCGUGGGACGACUGCGGGAGUUGCUAAUUAUGCUUUAUAAAUGCUGACAUGGUGCCUGCAUCCUACACACGCAAUACCCUAGUCUGUGAUCAGUGGUGUGGGAGAGAAUCGGAAGGCACAUCUCCUUAUUCUGGAAGGGUCAUUAAACGUCUGAGCUGUCUUGAGCCUUUAAUACUAUGGGGCUUUUUUUUUAAACGACCUCAUGCAUGUGGCAUCAAAACUGGCAAUUCAACUUUUUUUAUCGUCAUAGCAAAGGUGGCGGAAUUCGCAUGUCUUGCGGAAUCCGGAUUGGAAAUCGAGGUUGGAAAGUUCUGCUACUUUGCCGGAUGGGGACUGAUUCCAAACCCACCCAACCCACCGAAUCCUAACCAGCCGGAAGUGUUGAUGGAAGUACGAGGCCAAAUAGCAAAAAUGUCUGACUGCCAGAAAAGACAUCGGCUGGCUAAAAAAAGAAAGCAUGUCUGCAUUGACGGCAAAUUUGGGGUAAGAUUCACUUUUACAGGGCACAUAGAUUAAGUGUAUUAAACCAAAUAAUUUGCUUUUCGUGUCAUCCAGGCUGCCUGUACGGGCGACAGCGGAGGAGGACUGCACUGUUUAACAGAAGGUGGCAAGUGGGUUGUCUACGGCGUAGCUUCCUACACCGGCAAAAACUGCUCUGGGGAAUUCACAGUGUUUGCGCUGACUCCACCCGUGCUCGGCUGGAUCCAACGGAAUGUUGUCGCACAUAAUUAA